AUGUUCACCUUUACUCCGUUGCAGGGAGCGCAGUCGGAAUCGAGUGCAUCACAGUCGCUCUUGGAGCUCGAUGGAGGUGUCAAAGUACUAAUAGAUGUCGGCUGGGACGAGACAUUUGAUGUGGCGAAGCUGAAGGAGCUUGAGAAGCAAGUUCCUACGCUUUCGAUCAUCCUCCUUACGCAUCCGACAAUCGCACAUCUCGGAGCUUACGCACACUGUUGCAAACACUUUCCCCAGUUUGCUCGAAUACCCGUCUACGCAACUCUUCCUGUCAUAUCUCUGGGACGCACCUUGGUACAAGAUCUCUACACCUCGACACCUUUAGCUUCAACUGUCAUUCCUCCAUCAGCACUCUCCGAAGCCUCAUACUCCUACUCUCAAUCCGUAUCCGCAAGCCAAGACCCGAACAUCCUUCUCCAGCCACCGACUCUCGAAGAAAUCGCGUCCUACUUCUCUCUUAUUCACCCUCUCAAGUACUCACAACCACAUCAGCCCAUACCCUCACCAAAUUCAGCACCACUGAACGGGCUUACGGUCACUGCCUACAAUGCGGGACAUACUCUCGGAGGAACAAUAUGGCACAUUCAACAUGGGUUGGAAUCAAUUGUUUAUGCCGUUGAUUGGAACCAGGCUCGAGAGAAUGUUUUGGCAGGCGCAGCUUGGCUUGGAGGAGCUGGGGCAGGAGGAGCAGAGGUCAUUGAGCAAUUGCGAAAACCUACGGCGUUGAUUUGCAGUAGUCGAGGUGGUGAAAGACUCGCCUUGCCAGGUGGAAGAGCAAAGCGCGACGAGCUACUUUUGGACAUGAUCAAAUCAGCAACCAGCAAAGGUGGAACAGUUUUGAUUCCUACAGACUCCAGUGCUCGAGUAUUGGAACUGGCUUAUUUACUGGAACAUGCCUGGAGAAAAGAAACAAAUGAUGAUGACAGUCCUCUUCGGACCUCGAAGUUGUAUCUUGCGAGUAAGAAUAUUGGUGCGACGAUGCGAUAUACAAGAAGCAUGCUUGAAUGGAUGGACGAUGCAAUAAUUCGAGAGUUUGAAGCCAACACUGGAGUUUUGAAGAAACAAGGAGAAUCGGAUCAAAAGCAUGGAGCUGGACCAUUUGACUUCAAACAUCUGCGUCUGCUUGAACGUCGAGGGCAAAUCAACAGAGUCUUGAAUGAAACGGACAACCUUGGAAGAUCCGUCGGAAAGGUCAUCCUGGCUAGUGACACAUCCUUGGAGUGGGGCUUCUCAAAGGAUGUCUUGAGAAAAAUCGCCGAUGACAGCCGCAACCUUGUGAUUCUAACGGAAAGGCUGGCACCUACUCACGAUGCUGCUGGCCCUGGGCUGGCAAAAACUUUGUGGUCCUGGUGGGAAGAGCGUAAGAACGGAGUCACGUUGGAGCCCAGCAAAAAUGGCGAAAAUCUGGAGCAAGUCAACACGAGCGGCAGGUCGGUUGAAUUGAAAGAUAUUAAACGCAUACCGCUUGAGGGUAAUGAUUUGAGCGUUUAUCAGCACUGGCUGGCUACCCAACGCCAACUCCUGACAACACAAUCUGGGGGAGCCACUUCUCUCGAAUCGUCCGCUGAUGUAGUUGAUGACGCCUCUUCUGACUCUUCUUCGGAUUCUGAAGACUCUGAUACCGAACAACAAGGAAAGGCAUUGAACAUAUCAGCAACCAUGGGCCAGGCCAACCGGAAGAAGAUUGGGCUGAGCGAUGAAGACCUUGGAAUCAACAUACUCCUCCGACGGAAAGGCGUCUACGACUUCGAUGUCCGUGGCAAAAAAGGGCGGGAGAAGAUGUUUCCAGUGGCGAUCCGGCGAAAGAGAGCUGACGAAUUUGGAGAUUUAAUUCGACCAGAAGACUUCCUGAGAGCAGAAGAGCGGGAUGAGGUGGAUGGCCAAGAUUUACGCCAGCAAUCAAACAAAUACGACACGAAGGAUACUUUGGGCAAGAAGCGGAAGUGGGAUGACAUUGCGGUGCCGAACGAAGGUCGAGUACCAAAUGGGGCGAACAAGAGACAGCAAAUUGGUGGUGGACAACGCGAAUCCCCGGACAUUGCGGACAUGCCCCCUGGUGUUGAAGAUGAUGCGUCGGACGAAGAACCAGAGGAAGAGAUUACUAGCCCUUCAAGACUUGUCUUUUCCACUGAGACUCUCAACAUCAACGUUCGACUGGCAUUUGUUGAUUUUGCUGGGUUGCACGACAAGAGGAGUUUGCAAAUGUUGAUACCGCUGAUUCAGCCCCGGAAGCUUAUCCUGGUCAGUGGUAUAAAAGACGAGACUUUGUCUCUUGCAGCGGACUGCCGGAAGCUGCUAGCAGCCCUUAUAGGUGCUGAAGAUACAGCGAUUGACGUUUAUACACCAGAAAUCGGAAUCACUGUUGAUGCCAGUGUUGAUACAAACGCAUGGGCUGUAAAGCUUACGGAUGCACUUGUGAAGCAGCUGAAAUGGCAGAACGUGAAAGGAUUAAGCAUUGCAACCGUCACCGCGCGCUUGGAGGCUAUACAUCACGACUCGCCAGAUGCGAAAGCUGAAGGGAGCAACAAGAAGCAGAAAUUGCUGAAGGGAGAUGCAGAAGAAACACGCGAAGCUAUUGAUGCAGCUGAGGUUGAGGUGCCUACUCUGGAUAUAUUGCCGUCAAACAUGGUGUCCGCGACCAGAUCGGUUGCGCAACCUCUCCAAGUUGGCGAUCUCCGGCUCGCAGACUUGCGAAAGAUCAUGCAAGGAUCGGGUCACACUGCCGAAUUCCGGGGUGAGGGAACAUUGCUGAUCGAUGGGUCUGUAAUUGUACGAAAGUCUGGGACAGGAAGGAUCGAAGUCGAAAGCAUUGGGUUGGUGACUGGUCUCAUGCAGCAAGGAGGGACGUUUUACGCCGUCAAGAACAAGAUUUACGAGGGGUUGGCGGUGGUCAAAUAG